AUGCUGGGAACCGACGUUCUUUGCCAGGCGAAAUCCGGCAUGGGCAAGACGGCGGUCUUUGUGCUGGCUUGCCUGCAGAAUUUAGAGAUCUCCAAAAGCGCCGUGCAAGUGCUGGUCAUCGGCCACACGCGCGAGUUGGCGUUUCAGAUCGAGCUGGAGUUCAAGCGCCUGGGGAAGCACCUCCAGGGUCUGAAGACUGGCUCAGUCUAUGGAGGCCAACCCCUGGAUAAAGACAAGGAGUUGUUGAAAGACAGCCAAUGCCCUCACAUCUUGGUGGGCACUCCUGGACGGGUUCUGCAGCUGGUUCGAGACAAGAUCUUGAAGCUGGAGGGUUUAAACACCUUCGUCCUGGACGAGUGCGAUAGGUGUAUUGACCAGCUGGAUCUUCGGAAAGAUGUACAGCAGAUCUUUAUCAAAACACCAAAGAAAAAACAGGUCAUGAUGUUUAGUGCCACCUUGAGCCCAGAUACACGAGACAUUUGCAAAAAGUUCAUGCAGAGUCCACAUGAGAUCACCGUGGACGAGUCCAAGUUGACUCUCCAUGGCUUGCUCCAGUACUAUGUCCGGCUCGAAGAGAAACAGAAAAAUAAAAAACUCUUUGACCUGCUGGAUACGCUGGAAUUCAAUCAGGUGGUGAUCUUUGUAUCGACCGUGCGAAGAGCAAUGGCCUUGGACGGACUCCUUCAGGAUCAUUCCUUUCCCUCCAUGACUCUACAGCCGCUUCCCAAAGCCUUUGCGCACAAGGCUAAGAAGGGAGACGUGCUCAGCGCGGAAUCCUCGCGAAUUGAACGCUUGCAAGCCUUUAAGGCCUUCAAGAAGCGUAUCCUUGUAGCAACCGACUUGUUCGGACGUGGCAUGGACGUGGAGAAAGUGAAUAUUGUUAUCAACUAUGACAUGCCCGAGGACCGCUCUGCACAUCUCUGCACCGUUGCUGUAGGUACCAAUCAAGACCAACCGAGGGAGAGCGACAUGUACUUGCACCGCGUGGGUCGUGCUGGGCGCUUCGGAACGAAGGGCCUCGCCAUCACCUUUUGCGCCAGCGACCAGGACCAACAGGUGCUGUCCAAAGUGCAGGAGCGCUUCGAGGUGCAGAUACCGACCAUGCCUGAGUCCAUCGACAAGACCUCCUAUCUCAAUGCUUGA